AUGCUUCCGCUUCCUCUUCCUCCACCACUUCCACUUCCACUCACACCCUCUCCAUCACUUCCUGCUUCCCCUACAACACUCCCACUCCCGACCCCAUCCUUGCUGCCACUGCUACUCAUCUCCUCCUUAAAUACUGUCCCUGGUGUCUCCUACCCCACUUCCCUCUCUGAAUCAAAACCCUGCUUCCUCAACCCAGCUCCAGCUAGCAAUGUCAGCCCAACAGAAAAUGCGGGACUCACAGACUCCAUCCCAGUGCACCACCAAUCUUGCAUGCCACCUCGAUGCUUGCCACCUCACUGCUGCCUCCCCCAGUCAGCAACCGGCCCCAACAAGAUAACAAACAAAUGGGACAAGACAGGCAGUCUUUUCAGAGCAGCGCAGCCCCGACUGGCCUUCACGCCUGUGCUUUAUGCCUCAGCCACUUCACACACAAUGUCCACAAGUGCAAGAGCAAGUUCCUCUGGGACAACAAGACACCAACCUCCUGCUGAAGAAGCCCAGAGGGAUGCCUCAUCAACACCCAAGGCUUACAACUGUGCUACGACUGGCAAUGCCCCAAUGGUUGCUCAAGCACCAGCAAGGACCACAUCCACAAUUGCUCUGGAUGUGGAAGCUCGGAUCAUGGCGCUCAAAAGUGUCCUCGAGGCCAGGAAGCUUAGCGCUCUCACACCAUACCAUGCCAAUGCCUGA